UCCCCUUUUCAGAAAACUGACACUGAGACAGCAACACUUCAACUGGUAUGCUGAAAGGUGAAGAUCAGGCUGUAAGAUGGCCUUGAGUGUGGCAGACAGAGCCAUUGGGGCCAUUAUCGGGGCAGCAGUGGCAGAUGCAGCAGCCCAGCCCAUGCACUGGAUCUAUAGCCCAGACCGGCUGAAAGAAGUCCUCUCUGAUCUGGAGCCCUGUCCGGAGUUUCGGCCUCAGUCAGCAAAUCCUUUCUACCGCAGGACAACAGGCGAGCAGACCUGCUAUGGAGACCAGGCGUACGUCCUGCUGGAGUCACUGAGUCAGUGUGGAGAUGUGGAUUUGGAAGACUUGACCAAGCGCAUCUACAAGUUCUUUGGUCCGGGAACGGUGUACGAUCUGCCUCUCAAUGAUCCUUACAGAAAGAAAGGAGGUCCCAAGGUCAUUCUCCCCAUAGACGGACCGUGGAGGAAUGGGAGCCUGAAGGCUUUCUUCAGAAAUGUCGAUGCUGGCAAAGAGGAAACGGGCUGUGACGUGGACUGUCAGAUGGAUGGUGUCACUAAGUUAGCUCCGGUGGUGGCCAUGUUCGCUGGGAAGCCGGAGAUGCUGGAGAAAGUGGAGAAAGCCAUGCGGGUGACCCAGAAUAAUGACAUGUGUGUGGCUAUGACACUGGCUGCAGCGAGGUUUUUGGAGCAUUUUAUUCUGAAUGGUCCAGACCCCAAUGCUCUGAACACAGUUCUGGCGCAGCUGAAUGACCCCAAGAGACAGAACCCUCAGGAGCUGGACAGGGCUGUUACUGCACAUAUCCACCAGGUGAAGGACAACUUAGCCAAGGCAUCCCAACAGCUCAUACCUGCUGUGUUCACAAACACAUGAGCUUUGCCCGGUGCGUUCCAGGGAGCGCUUCAUGGAGUCCUGACACUCAACCAGCUGGAUGAAGCAGUCAGGGACACCAUGCGCUGCGGGGGAUGCACCGCCAGCCGAUCCUCCUUCAUAGGAGCCUGCUUUGGAGCUCAGACCGGUCUCCAGGGAAUCCCAGAGUCGUGGAGGAAGAGGACGCUCAGAUACCCUCUGCUGUUGGAGCUCGCUGAGAAUGUGGUCAAAAAAAGCCAGCAGUAGUUGAUCAUCUUUAAUUUUACCCUGAAUAUGACUUAUUCAUCCCCAAUCAAGUAUUUAUAGAGUGUGGAGAACUGCAUUUCAUUGUUAAUUUUAAAGACUUUCUCAAGUUACAGAUGUUCUUUGACACAGCGAUCCAUGACAGUCGCAUUCUAAAGUCUUGUGCUGAAUGAAACUUGAAUCCUUUUGCUCUGUCAAACCUGCAUUAUGUAAGAAAGUGAAGGUCUGUGCAACACAUUCUCAAAUAAAAACUUUCAUGUUC